AUGUCACAGAUGCCAGCCACCAUCGCUGCAGUGGAUGCAGCACGGAAUGAGACAGCAUCGGACGCAGCACAGACAUAUUCCGCCCCCUCCAAGGGGAGCGUUGCGAAAGACGACUCAGCGACUAGUUCGGCACCUUCAAGUACAAAACGAACCGGCGUCAAACCCGACCAAUAUCCGCAUCAUGUUAUCUUUGUCGUGCACGGCAUGGGCCGACAGCUUGAGGAGUUCGGCAACUACGAGCGCAACGUUAGCUACCUCGUCGAGAACACAAAGACCGUGCUUCAGAGCCAGUUCCACGAGCUGGAGACCGAUGUACAUAUCAUCCCAAUUGAGUGGCAUGCCAAACUGCAUAGCAUGGUUGAUCAGCGCAUGGCCUUGGCUAGUUUGAGGACUGUUCCCAAAGUGCGCCUUGUCAUGAAUGACUAUUUUGCGGAUAUCCUCUACUAUUUCAAUAACCACUUUGGCGCGGAAAUCAUUCGCCUUAUCGUCGACGAAUUGAACGAAGCCUAUGCGACGUUCAUUGCCAAGCAUCCAGACUUCAAUGGCAAGAUCGCUGUCUUUGCGCUAUCUCUUGGAGGUGUUGCCAUGUUCGAUAUCCUGACAUGCAUGGAUGAUGACGAACCCGAAGAGAGCAGUGACAAUGCAGCAGGUUCUACACAAAAAGCAGCAGUUACUUCAGAAGGUGCAAAGGACGCCAACAGCAGUUCCACCACCUCAUCAACUUCAGAGCCCUCUAAAACGGCACGGACCAGGAAGCAGGACCAGCCGAAGUUCCGUACUGUGGUCCCAAAACUAAAGUUUAGACCCAACAUCCUCUUUACAGUUGGAUCGCCAGUAGGGGCGGUUAUGGUGAUGCGGAACCUAGAAUGGGAGACAUUUCAUCCGCCAGAUGAUAUAGUUCACCAUAACAUAUUCCAUCCUUUUGAUCCGCUCGCCUACAGGCUGGAGCCUUUGAUCGACCCAAUCUUUGCGGCAAUUCCAGCUGUCACUCUAAACUCAGCCGGCAACUCUCAGCUCUUUCCGAUUUCCUUGCCAUCUUUAUUGCCCUCUCUCCCAGAAUCUAUUUCAUCUUUCUGGGAAAACAAAGUUCCAACGCUGCCUCGUCCCACUAUUCCGGCGCUCUCGACCCUCUCGCAGAUGACGCAGUCCCUCAAGGCUGGACGAUGGUUAACAGGCGCGAGCGGAGGUGGGACGACAGCAUCUAUAGGAGAUCAGAGAUGCUCAGUUGAUGGAGCAACUUCAAAUGAGAGUGGGAGUGAGAGUACCGCUGAGGACCUCACAAGCAGCAACAGCGAAGGGCAACAACGGGAGCCGGGAACUGAUCAAGGUAUAUAUCCAGAAUCGGAGUGGGCGACAAGAAAACUGCACCAACCCUCAAAGAGAAGCCAUUUUUCGCAGCAGGUCGAUUCAAGCGUGUCAGUUACAGAGGCAAUUGCAGCUGCUACAGUGGCUACGUAUCUCAAUGAAAAGGAGGGCAACCAAACUGGAAUCUCUGAAGGAGGCUCUAUGAUCGACAACAACAUCAACACAACUACAACCUCGCCAAGUGGUCCCAUCAGCUCGCCGAGGAGACCCAGCCUAGGCGCUCGCCGGAUCAGUAGUCGCGUUGAAGAUGGAAAUGAGGACUAUAAGCCUAGUGCCACAGCCCAAGCUGCGAACGAAACAUCGCCCAAUCCCAUUGAGAAAGUCGAGGAGGCCGACGAGGACGCCGGCGAUGAGGAUCAGAUCUUGUCUACGACUCAGGCAGCCGACACGUUCGACUCUGAAAGCAUCCCAGUGUUGGAUAUGGAGUAUUACCUGGGCAUGGAGACCGGUCCAACAGCCGCCGAAAAGGAACAGGGACGUGGCGCAAAGUCGGAUGUUGUGCAGGAGAGUAUCGUCCGAUCCAUGCCAUCGUCCCCCGUCACCGACUCACAUGCUCACCAUGCCCAUGGUCGCGAAAGAAAGAUUACUAGCGGUGAAAACAGGAUCGAGGAUAUGCAAGCAGCGCAUGAGGAGCGGGAACGGGCGAAGCAGCACGAAGAGAGGAAGGAAGACAAUCCUCAGAGCACCAAGAGAGCGGCUGUUGUGGAAGACGAGGACCCGUAUGGCAAGACUGGUUCGUUUGAACAAGGGAGUGACACGACAAUGAAGCCUGGGGAUGUGGACACGGCGCAUUCGCCGAUCCAUGUUGGCGGGCGAGAGACCAAGGUACCGUACCGUAUCGAUCACGUCCUACAGGAGACCCGUGUCGAUCAGUACACGAAUGAGUAUCUGCUGGGGAUGCGAAGUCAUUUCCGUUAUUGGGGCAAUAGGGAUAUCGCAUACCACGUUUUGAAAGCGAUACUACUUCCUGGCGGUGCUAUCGAAGGUGGUGUCCUGGAUCUCCAGCCAGAAAUGCCCACUCCCGUGACGGCGCCCAAAAACGUCAAGGAAGCUGCCGAGGCGAAAGCCAAGGCCGCAGCGGCUGAAUAUCGUCAAAGCCAAGACCUCGGCCAACGAAAGUCGUUUUCAUUUUCGUCUGCACAGGCGCGCCGCAGAAAAGACAACAACAAUCGCAACUCUUCACUGGCGGACGCUGAUCAAGAGCAGUAUGGUGGUGGUGGAGCAAGCUACAAUGCUGGCUAUGGUGCUAACGAUGAGGAGCAAUUGUACGGUUAUCGAUAUGCUGAUCUGGACAUGAGCAGCGCUGCAAAUGUGCCCUUCAGCACUAACACGCUGUACCAGAGCUCACCCUUCGCAAAGAACAACAGUGGAGGAACAUCUGGCAGUGGUGAGGCCCGGUAUCAUGCGUCGAGCAGCCGCGCUGCGGAUUUAACUCAUAAUGACGCUUCUUCAAGUGUUGCUUCCACAGCCGCUGGCCAGAAUGACAACUCGCCGCCGACAGCGUUUGAGGAAGGUAUUGUGAUCCCUGACCUGGCGCGUCCCCCCAAGUUGCACCAUCGGUCUUCUCGUGUCGAGGAAAGAAGAUAA